CACUGCUCAACUUCAUCUGGCACCUGGCAUAUCAUAUCCUGCACGUAACUAUGGCGACGGCGACGGCGACGGAUGAAAAAUCACCCGUCCAGCCCAUGAAUGGGAAUGAGGAGGCGGAAAUGGACGUUGAAAAGAAUCCCGUUUCGACAGAGAAAGACAUCAAUCCGAGUCUUGAGAAGCAUGCACACGAUGCGGAUGAAGCGUUACAGGCCAUGGAAGCGUUGCAAGGCGAGGCGAUCACCAUUGAUGAAGAGACGAAUAAACGGCUCCUGAAGAUUAUCGACUGGCACUUGAUGCCUAUUAUGUGCUGUGUUUAUGGAAUGAAUUACCUGGAUAAAACCACCCUGUCGUAUGCGAGCGUCAUGGGAAUCAAAAAGGACCUGAAUCUCAAGGGCGACAAUUAUCAGUGGCUAGGCAGUUUGUUCUAUUUCGGCUAUCUGGCUUGGGAGUAUCCCACAAACCGACUCCUGCAGCGAUUGCCCCUCGGGAAGUACUCCGCAUUCUGCAUCAUCGUGUGGGGAGUGAUUAUAUCGUGCUUUGCCGCCGUGAACAAUUAUUCCGGGGCCAUAGCCGUCCGAUUUUUCCUGGGUGUGUUUGAAGCAUCUGUCACGCCAGGGUUCGCUCUUUUGACGUCUCAGUGGUAUACCAAGACCGAACAGGGAAAUCGAGUCAACUACUGGUUCAGCUUCAACGGCUGGGGCCAGAUCCUGGGCGGGUUCAUCGCAUAUGGCAUUGCAAAGGGAACUGACAAGCACGGGUCGGCCAUCGAGCCGUGGAAGAUCGUCUUCCUCGUCACAGGGCUCCUGACUAUCGCCUUGGGCUUUAUAUUCUGGCAGAUCAUCCCGGAUAGCCAGCUGAACGCGCGAUGGCUGAAGAAGGAGGACCGGAUCCUGGCGGUGGCACGGGUCCGGGUUAACAAUCAGGGGAUUGGAAAUAAGCAUCUGAAGUGGUACCAGGUCAAGGAAGCUCUACUGGAUCCGAUGACCUGGGCAUUUUUCUUCGUCGCGUUGAUCGCAGACAUUCCGAACGGUGGAAUGAGCAACUUUUUCAACCAGCUGAUUACGAGUUUCGGAUACAGCCCAGAAGACAGCCUGCUGCUAGGCGUACCGUCGGGAGCAGUGGAGGUGAUCGCUCUGGUGCUGAAUGGAUACAUCAGCGGAAUGGUACAGCAACGGGUGCUUCUGGGCACGUUGGGUCUGCUGGUGUCAAUGCUGGGGAUGAUUCUGGUGGUCGCACUGCCGCUGUCGAACAACGUGGGACGACUGAUCGCGUACUACCUGACGAGUGCGAGCCCGACGGCAUUUGUUGCACUGCUGUCGCUCAUCUCAACGAACGUCGCUGGGUACACGAAGAAGACGACGGUAGCAGCGCUGUAUCUGAUCGGCUACUGCGUUGGGAACAUCAUCGGGCCGCAGACGUUCCGGCCGAAAGAUGCACCACGGUACGUGCCGGCGGAGAUCACGAUCAUUGUGUGCAUGGGAGUGUGUGUGUUGAUCCUGCUGUUCAUCGCCUGGUGGUACCGCCGGGAGAAUCAGAACAAGGCACGGAUCCGGGCGAGUCCGGACUAUGUGCGACUGGAGAACCAAGAAUGGCUGGAUUUGACGGACCGCGAGAACCCGGAGUUUGUGUACAGUCUGUAAGUAUCAGCAUCAGCAGUAUGAUACUAUCAUCAAUAGUAGUAACUGUCAAGA